AUGAGAGCAAAAGAAGGAGUAGCAAUAUAUGUUUGGAACAACUUAAAAGUUAUUGAUAUUUAUCGAUCCAGUUUGUACGAACUUUUUGGUGUCACACUUCUGUUACCUACAGGAAACCGCAUGUUGAUGUAUGGCCUUUAUCACCCACCUAAGCACAAUGAUCUGGAGAGCGACUUAUUGGAUUAUUUGAUAAAUAUUUCUGACGACGUUCUGGACAAAUAUCCAGACACUGUAAUUGUUUGGGGAGGGGAUUUGAACAGCUUAGACAUAAAAUACCUUGAGGAACUAUCAGGAUGGGAUGCAAUGGUCGACUUUUCAACAAGGGGUAACGCAUGUUUGGAUAACUGCCUUACAAAUAGAAUAGAUUUGUUCUCAAAAUGUUAUCUUUUCCAUAUGUUAACUUAAACAGACCACAUAGGGGUUAUUUUACCAGCAGGAACGAAACUAAAACCUAUGCGCCGAAAGGUUGAAUUUCGCGAUUGUAGAAAGCAUCGAAAGGAAGAUUUCCACAAAGUUUUAGCAGAAGAAGAUUGGGAGGAUGUAUCGCAGACCACGAAUGUAAAUGACGCUGUGAAUUGUCUUGAACGUAAGAUUAUGGAUCAUAUGAAUAAAUGUAUGCCCACAAAAACAGUUUCAAUUUCGUCACGUGACCCUUACUGGAUGAGUCCUGUAAUUAAAUCUUUUCUAAAAGCUAAAUCCAGCAUUGCUCGGUCGCAAAAGGUUAGACUCAGUUUAAUUAACAAAAGGAUUUCUGAUGUCAUUUGUCUAAACAGAAUAAAUUUUAGGGCCUUGGUGGGAAGUAGAACUUGGUGGAGAGAGACGAAUGAUAUUUCUCAACGAAAUGCAUCGUCAUCAAGAGUUACUUUGGAUGCAUCACUUGCAAGAGUAAAUCGCUAUUUUGGCCAACUCUGCCACGAUGAUAGUUAUGUCGAACCGACGCUCUCAUUUAUUGGUGAUGAAGUAGACAUUCCUAGCUUCACGGAACAGCUGGUAUGGAAUGCCUUGAAAAUAAUAAAGAGGACAGCACGUACAGGUCCCGAUUAUAUUCCCUAUUGGGUUUGGAGUGAUCAUGCUGAAAUUCUAACCGAAGAUAUAACUAACGUCUGGAAUUUGUCCCUUUCAUCACAUACUUGUCCAGAUUCAUGGAAAAGAGCGAAUAUUAACCCUCUUGCAAAGGUUGAUUUACCAAAGGAAAAUGGUAACUUUCGUGGAAUAAAUAUUACACCUGUAAUUGCGAGGACCUUCGAAAAGCUCGUUUAUAAUAGUCAGGUCAAGUCGACAGUUGAGAAAAUUUUAUCCCCAACGCAAUUUGCGUACAGGCAGGGGGGAAGUUGUACAAAGUGCUCUCUUGAUUAUUAAGAACAAAGUACUCAGCUUCUUAGAUAAAGCGGACUGCAAAGCAGUUAGAAUGUUUUCUAUGGAUUUUCUCAAGGCUUCCGACUCCGUGAAACAUUCACUCCUCUCGGAAAAGUUAAAAAAUGUGCCACUCAACCCUAAUAUCAUAAAUUGGUAUUUAAAUUUUCUAAAGAAUAGAAAGCCAAGAGUCGUUUGUAACGAUUUUUGUGGAGAAUGGAUGGAUGUUGAUAAGGGUACAAAACAGGGGAGCGUAAGUGGCCCCUACCUUUUUAAUAUUUUCUUAAAUGAUUUAGAGGUGGACAUAGACGGCGAGCACGCUCUUUUUAAAUAUGCGGACGAUUCAAAUAUAAUAGUGCCAGUUUGGAGUGACGGUCCUGAUACAUCAACAGAUACAGUUGGACAAUUCCUGAGAUGGUCUGACCAUAAUUUUAUGAUUGUAACCCUGGUUAAUGUAAAGAGCUUAUCAUCCGGAAGAAGGGAUAUAAUGAUCAACUCGACAAUGUUUAUAAUAUAUCCCAAUGCAAACUUCCCAUUUUUUGGUACUACUUUUCAAGACAAUCUCAAGUUCACCAGUCAUCUGCGAGGUAAAUUUGUCAAAGCAAACAAAUGCUUGUUCGUCAUACGAACACUCAGGGCAGCAGGCUAUAGCCAAUGUGAGAUAGAUUAUCUAUUUAAGACCCUAGUAAUAUCUACUAUAACGUUUGGCCUGUCCGUGUACGGUUCUUCUCCAGCCGAACUCAGUACUCUACAACGGUCUCUUGACAGAUGUUUUAAGCGAAAGUAUAUAUCAGAACCUGUAAAUAUUAGAUAUCUUUUAGAAAUACAGGACAGAAAUAUUUUUAAAGCUUCUGUAAAUCAGAAGAGUGCCAUAGUCGACUUGAUACCAAGAAAAAAAUCCACCAGCUACUCUUUGAGGACAGAGUUUAUUCAGUAUCCAAGAGUGAACACGGAACGUUUUAAAUUGUCGUUUGCAAAUAGAUGA